UGCAGGAAUGAAAUCAAUCAAGUAUCCAAUAAUCAUCAUUUUUAUAAUAAUCCCAGAAUCUUAGAAUCCAACGAUUCCAAAUUCUUCACCCCAGAUGAGAAAAUACUAAAAAUAAAAAAAAUAAAAUAAAUCAUUUCCCAAUUCUCCCUCUAUUCUUGUGUUCUUCAUCAUCUUCCUCCUCCUGGUUGACUCUACUGAGGGAGAGAAGUCUGUGAUCAGAUCAGAUCUCUUUCUCUCUUUCUCUGUUUGUUUCUAAUCUUCUUCAGAUUUUUUUUUUUUUUUUUUGGAAUAAUCAAAAAUGGUGGGAGGAGGAGGAGAAACCCAAAUUGAUAAUGGUGGUGGUGGAGGGAUACAAAUUCAAGAGAGGAGAAGAUUACCAUUACCAGAUUUCUUACAGAGUGUGAAUUUGAAGUAUGUGAAAUUAGGGUAUCAUUAUUUGAUGACUCAUUUGUUAACUUUAUGUUUAAUACCACUUAUCUUUAUAAGUUUAAUUGAAGCAUCACAGAUGAACCCUGAAGAUGUUCAUCAGCUGUGGGUUCAUCUUCAAUACAAUCUCGUCAGUGUCAUUACAUGUUCUGCAGUUCUUGUUUUUGGGUCUACUGUUUAUAUCAUGACUCGACCAAGACCAAUUUACUUAGUUGAUUACUCUUGUUAUCGUCCUCCGGAGCAUCUUCAGGUGAAAUAUCAGCAAUUUAUGGAGCAUUCCAGACUUACUGGUGAUUUUGAUGAAUCUUCACUUGAAUUUCAAAGGAAGAUUUUGGAAAGGGCUGGGCUUGGGGAAGAGACUUAUUUACCUGAAGCUAUGCAUUCAAUUCCUCCUAAACCAUCCAUGGCUGCUGCAAGAGAAGAAGCUGAACAGGUGAUGUUUGGUGCUUUGGAUUCUCUUUUCAAGAAUACAGGUAUUAAGCCAAAAGAUAUUGGAGUUCUUGUUGUGAAUUGUAGUUUGUUUAAUCCUACUCCUUCGCUUUCGGCUAUGAUUGUUAAUAAGUAUAAGUUGAGGGGGAAUAUUAGGAGUUUUAAUUUGGGUGGAAUGGGGUGUAGUGCUGGAGUUAUUGCUAUUGAUCUUGCAAGAGAUAUGCUUCAAGUUCAUAGAAACACUUAUGCUGUUGUUGUCAGUACUGAAAACAUUACUCAGAAUUGGUACUUUGGGAAUAAGAAAUCUAUGCUUAUACCCAAUUGUUUGUUUCGGAUGGGUUGCUCUGCCGUUCUGCUUUCCAACAAAUCCGUUGACAAGAGACGCGCGAAGUACAAGCUUGUUCACGUUGUUAGAACCCAUAGAGGAUCCGAUGGUAAGGCCUUUAACUGUGUUUAUCAAGAACAGGAUGAUGCUGGUAAAGUUGGUGUGUCUCUCUCAAAGGAUCUCAUGGCUAUUGCUGGUGGGGCUCUUAAGACAAACAUUACAACUUUGGGUCCUCUAGUUCUCCCAAUCAGCGAACAGCUUCUGUUUUUCUCAACUUUGGUCAUGAAAAAGCUUUUCAAUGAUAAGGUCAAGCCAUAUAUUCCUGAUUUCAAGCUUGCUUUUGAUCACUUCUGCAUACAUGCUGGUGGAAGAGCCGUUAUUGAUGAAUUGGAGAAGAACUUGCAGUUGCUUCCUUUACAUGUGGAGGCUUCUAGAAUGACCCUUCACCGGUUUGGGAACACCUCUUCGAGUUCCAUCUGGUAUGAAUUGGCUUACAUUGAAGCCAGAGGAAGGAUGAGGAAGGGGAACCGAGUCUGGCAGAUUGCUUUUGGGAGUGGUUUCAAGUGUAACAGCGCAGUGUGGGAGGCUCUCCGGAAUGUAAAGCAAUCUCCUAAAGGUCCCUGGGAAGAUUGCGUAGACAGGUACCCUGUGCAAAUAGCCUUUAGUUAAAAAGUGUUCUCUUGUUAGAUCUCAUCUAGGAAAAGUUGCCAGCCAAAUGUUCCACCCAAUUGUGUGGUCUCUGUACUUUUAUUCGUGAUGUGUCUCUUCUUUGUUAUUUGAUCAUAAAGUCAUGGUCUGAGUCUAUUCCUGUUAUAUUUGGUAGUGUUGCUCAAAGUGGUAUGGGUUCUUGGAUGCUGUUCUUGUAUUGUAUUGCUUUAGGAAGUCUAUAGCUUGCAUACAACUAUGGUUGUAGUAUUGUGAAGAGUUCAUUUCUUCAUACCAAUUCUUAAUGGAUAAAUGAUUCUAAACAUGCUGAUAUGUGUU